CCGGGUGGGAGUAGAAUACUAAGACCUUGCAAAGACUGCGACUCAGUCCAAGCUCCUGUAACCACGGCGUAAGCUCGCUUCUCCGCUGUAUUAGUGUUGUUGGUGGUCCUCAUUUUUAAUUAAUUUGCAAACUAUGGCGAUGCAAACUGGAAUUGGCCUCUCCAGGAUCUUUCUCAUUGCCGGUGCAGGAUAUACCGGUACUGUUAUGUUUAAAAAUGGAAAAUUAUCUGAUAUUAUCGGUGAACUUCAGUCUCUGGUGAAGGGAUGGGAAAAAUCUGGGGAACAUUCGGAUGGUGAUUCUGAUUACUCUGAUGCCAUUGCUCAUCAGGUAAAGCGGUUGGCAAUGGAGGUCAGGCAACUUGCCACUCAACGGCAAAUAACUGUGUUGAAUGGGGGUUCUGGUCAAAGUAACAUAACUAACCUCAUAGUUCCAGCUGCUGCAGUUGGGGCAUUGGGUUAUGGCUACAUGUGGUGGAAGGGUCUCAAGCUUUCAGAUCUUAUGUAUGUGACAAAGCGCAGUAUGGCAAAUGCUGUUACAAACUUGACAAAACAUCUGGAGCAAGUUUCCGAGUCCCUGACUGCUGCGAAAGCACAUUUGACACAGAGAAUACAACUAGUGGAUGAUAAAAUGGAAACUCAAAAGGAGAUCUCAAAGGCAAUUCAAAAUGAUGUUAAAGCUGCUUCUGAAAAUUUGUCACAAAUUGGCUCAGAGCUGUGGCAGUUGCAGCGCGUAGUUUCUGGUUUGGAUGGGAAGAUAUGCUCAUUGGAGGAGAAACAGGAUAUCGCAAAUAUGGGUGUAUGGUACCUAUGCAAUUUUUUCGAGGGCAGAGAAAUAAAUAUGCCUAAAGCUCUGGAGGAUCAACUUAAACUUUCUGCGAAAACUCGUCCUCAGCUGCCAAGUAUAUUGGGUCUAAAGGAUAUUAAGGACAUAACAGACAGUUUGUCUCGAACAAUGAGUGAGCCAGCACCUAAACUCAUGCUGCAAAGUGGAACUGAUAAGCUGGAAGAUACACCGCAGGCACCACAAAGCACCCAAUCAAACCUAUUAAGGUUUCGAAUUAAGUGUUGAUGCGAAAUUCUGCCAGAUGGUUCCCGAUCCACAUCGAUCUUUGCAACAUGCUCGUUGAGUAAUACUGUACUUUGGGGUAAAUAAGGGAUGUCUGAGCAAUUAUGGAGUUUCCCACUAUUGUUUUUGCUCGCUUGCUUCCUAAUGUUCAUUCACUUGUUAAGUUUAAAGAAUGCAUAUUUGUUUGCAGUUGCUGUCAUGGAUGGGCAAAGUAACAUGUGUAGUUGUAGAUAUGAAAAUAAAGUUUUUUUAGUACUUUGGAUAAUACUUUCUUAAAUUUGUUUUAUAUUCUCAA